AUGCAUUCUCCACUAGCAUCAGAUGCUGAAAAAAAUAGCAUUCACGAGAAGGAAGCGCAAAUUGAAGAAAUCCAUCACGAAGAGCACAAGGAUGACAUUUCGCCCGAGUUAGAGGCUCUGCUUCAUACAGAUCCAUUGACUGGUCUAACUUCAACUGAGGUGCUAGAGCGAAUAGCAAAAUUUGGCAAGAAUGAGCUUCCCGAACGUAAGAGGAACCCUAUCCUUAAGUUGCUAUCGUUCUUUACCGGUGCUAUUGCAUAUCUCAUAGAGAUAGCCUGUAUCAUUGCUGCUAUCGUUGGAGACUGGAUUGACUUUGGUAUCAUUCUAGCGCUUUUGCUUAUCAACGCCCUUAUUGGAUUUAUUGAAGAGGCAAAGGCAGAGUCGGCUCUAGAUGCAUUGAGGCAGACUCUGGCUCUCAAAACAAGAGCUUGGCGUGAUGGAAGACUUCAAGAAAUUGAAGUCGUUGAUCUGGUUCCUGGAGAUGUCAUCGUUCUGCGGUUAGGUGACAUUGUCCCUGCUGAUGCACGCUUAUUGGGCAUUGGAGCCACUGGCGAGGCCACUGAAGGUGAUCUACAAAUAGAUCAGUCAGCUCUAACAGGUGAAUCUCUGCCAGUGAACAAAAACAAAGGGGCUGUGGUCUACUCCUCUUCUAUUGUCAAGCAAGGUCAGCAACUCGCGGUGGUUACCAAGACUGGAGCAAACACAUUUAUCGGACGUGCUGCCAACCUCAUUGCUAUCACUACCGAAGAGGGACAUUUCCAAAAGGUCAUCAAUAGAAUUGGAAACUUUUUGAUUUACUCCACCGUCGUACUGGUGGUUAUCAUCUUCAUAUACCAAAUGGUCAAGUUUAAAGGCACUCCUGCGGGCGACUGGAAAAACGUAUUGGAAAAUUGUCUGGUCUUAACUGUGGCUGCAAUCCCAGUCGGCCUUCCAACUGUGAUGUCAGUCACUAUGGCGAUAGGUGCAAAGCAGUUGGCAGCCAAGAAAGUCAUUGUUAAGCGACUGACAGCCGUGGAAGAGAUGGCAUCUGUAUCUGUUCUCUGCUCAGAUAAGACUGGAACCUUGACCCUCAACGAACUGACAUUUGACGAACCUUAUCUUGCCAACGAUUUCACUGCCAAUGACAUCUUGCUUUACUCCUAUAUGGCGUCUGAACCUGGUGCAAAUGAUCCUAUUGAAUCUGCUGUAAGAAGAGCAGCUGAGAGUACAUUAUCAGAGCUUCAAAAUAGGCAGAGCCAGCAUGAUAUUCCAGGGUACAAGAUCACUUCUUUCUUGCCUUUCAACCCCACUACAAAGAUGACUCAAGCAACUGCUGUCCAAGAUGACGGGAAAACUUUCAAAGUAGCAAAGGGGGCUCCCCAAGUUAUUAUAGGACUUUGCGGUGGAGAUGAUGAUGCUGUUCGUGCAGUGAACGCUCUUGCAAGACGUGGAUUGCGUGCACUUGGAGUUGCACGCACUGUUCCUGGUGAUAUUGAACGAUAUCAACUGGUGGGCAUGAUUUCCUUGCUGGAUCCCCCUCGACCUGACUCUGCCGAAACCAUCCUCUCGUGUAACAAACUUGGUGUUGAUGUUAAGAUGAUAACUGGUGAUCAACUUAUUAUCGCCAAGGAAGUGGCUGCUCGUCUCGGUAUGGGCAGAGUCAUAUUGGACGCUAAUCAUCUCGUCGACCCUUCCAAGUCUGAAGAGGAUGUGACACUGCACUGCCAGAGAGCCGACGGUUUCGCUCAAGUAAUCCCAGAACAUAAGUACAGAGUGGUCGAGUUGCUUCAAAAGAAAGGUUUGCUGGUCGGUAUGACAGGUGACGGUGUAAACGAUGCACCUGCUUUGAAGAAAGCGAACGUCGGCAUUGCUGUACAUGGAUGUACCGAUGCUGCAAGGUCUGCAGCCGAUAUUGUGUUGCUUGCUCCGGGACUUUCGACAAUUGUGGAUGGUGUUACGACCUCUCGUGCCAUUUUUCAACGUUUGAGGUCUUAUGCGCUGUACCGGAUCACAUCCACCAUUCACUUUUUACUGUUUUUCUUCAUUAUUACCAUUGUCGAAGAUUGGAAUAUGCCAGCUGUUCUGUUGAUUAUGAUCUGUGUAUUGAACGAUGCCGCCACUUUGGUCAUUGCCGUCGAUAACACCCAAAUUUCACAAAUACCGGACAAGUGGCGCCUUGGUCAGCUAAUGGUACUGUCAACAGUGUUAGCGGUGCUCCUGGCUGCGCUUUCAUUCGGCCAUUUUUAUGUGGCAAGGGAUGUAUUCCAUGUAGCACCUUUUGUUUUGCACUCCAUCAUGUAUUUACAUAUCUCAUCCGCUCCUCAUUUUGUGAUCUUCUCGACUCGCGUUCCUGGAUACUGGUUUGAGAAUGUUCCAUCCAUCACCUUUUCAGCAUGCAUUAUCGGCACACAGAUUGUUGCUCUUCUCUUCUCAGUGUAUGGUGUGUUCGCUGAAGAAGUUGCUGGAUGUGGUUGGGCUUGGGGGAUGGGCGUUCUUGGCAUUUCACUAGUGUACUUUAUGCUUCUGGAUGUAGUCAAGGUCUGGAUCUUCCGAGCCUGGUCGUUCGAAUUUACUGCCAAGCUAUGGCCCACUGCUGCUCGUAAGCACACCUUGGAACAGCGUAAAUUGGAGGCAAAACGAUUGAAAAAAACCACUGCAGCCUGGCACAAAAUUGGAAAAAUAGUGGAGAUGCAUAGAGUCGCCGCUGCGUUCAGUAAUCAAUAG